AUGACUUGUAAAAACAUGGCCACCUACUGUACAGCGUUGUUAAGUCUAUUUAUGUUUCGUAUUUAGAUAGCUAACGACUGCUGUGACAGAAACGAAAGUAUAAAGUACGCUCGGUUGAAAUAAAAGUUGCAUGCCAGACGAUGAUAAGGUAGCAAACUACAUUUAUUUUGGGUUGGGUGGCAUUAGAUUGAUAAUUACUUGGCCACCUGGUUAGAUGGCAAUCUGUAUUUUGUUUUAUAGUGACGUGGUAGACAACUUACAGUAGUUUUAUUUUAAAAACCUGGCCAGCACUAAAGAUGCUUUCUCCCAUUAAACCAAUAUAUUCAGGGUUGAGCCAGAGGGCUACGAACCGAGAGCUGGGGAAGACAAAGAUGAGAUAGCAAGAGGAAAAGGUUCACUUCCUAUUCGUCAGUUGUAUUUCAGUUAGUGGCUUCCACUUCAUAUUUCUCCGCGAAAAGAAGAACCGCGAUUAAAGCGAGACAGCAUGUUUGGAAAUCUUUUUGAAGAAGACGAGGAAGGUUUUAGUCCUGUCACUGUCGAUAAGAGGGUUGACAAAGGGAAAGACGCCGAGCCCCCACCGGCCAGAGGGACCGUAAAUCUCAGCGGUAUCAGGAACCAGGGUGGUACCUGUUAUCUUAACUCUUUGCUGCAGACUCUCCUUUUCACUCCGGAGUUCAGAGAGGAGCUGUUCAGAUUGGGACCAGAUGAACUAGGCUGCCUGGAGGAUAAGGACAAACCAGAAGCCAAGGUGCGGGUCAUUCCGCUGGAGCUGCAGAGGUUGUUUGCUGAGCUGCUGCUAUUGGACCAGCAGACGGCCUCCACGGCCCAGCUGACCGAUAGCUUCGGAUGGACCAGUAGAGAGGAGAGCAGUCAGCACGAUGUGCAGGAGCUCAACCGCAUCCUGUUCAGUGCCCUGGAGAGCUCCCUGGUGGGAACGUCUGGGAGCGACCUCAUUCACCGUCUGUACCACGGCGUUGUGGUCAACCAGAUUGUGUGCAAGGAAUGUGGCAACGUCAGUGAGAGAGAGGAGGACUAUCUGGACCUGACAGUGUCAGUUUCGGGGCUGGGUGGCCUGGAGGAGGCGCUGUGGAGCAUGUUUGUCGAAGAGGAGGUCUUUGAUGGAAACAACCUGUACCGUUGCAGUCGCUGCAAUGUCCUGGUCAAGGCUACCAAGUCCGCCAAGCUACGGAAGCUGCCCCCUUUCCUGACCGUGUCCCUGCUGAGGUUCAGCUUCGACUUCGCCAAGUGCGAGCGCUUCAAGGAGACCGGCCGCUACACCUUUCCCCUCAGCGCCAACCUGAAGCCCUUCUGUGAACAGGCAGAGCAGCCAGACUCUGAAUACACAUACGAGCUCUUCUCCGUGAUCAUACACAAGGGCGGCUGCCAUGGGGGUCACUACCACGUCUACAUCAAGGACAUCGACGAGCUGGGCCACUGGGAGAUGCCGGAGGAGGAGCCCAAACCCAAGUUUCCAAAGGCUCAGGCGAAGGUGUCAGAACCGGUGCUGGUCCACGAGGACCCCUUAUCAGUCCUUACCACUAUACUGUCUCAGGAAGCAUCCCGGACUGUCCUUGUGGACCAGCUAGGCCAGAAACUUCUGGACAAAAUCGGGAUUUCUUGGAACAAGAAGUUCCGCAAACAGCAUGGUCCCAUAGGGAAGUUUCUGCAGAGCCAGUCGGAUGUGUUCUUACUGGUCUCUAAUGGCACACGGGUUACCCUCAAAGCCACCACCCCCACCGUGGCAGGGGGGGACGCAGCCCCAGAGAGCCAGGCUGCGGAGGAAGGGCCUGGGGCCGGCGAUGGCCCCCACUGGUUUGACCUGAAUGACUCCACUGUGACACCCAUCCAUGAGAGGGACAUCCAGAAGCAGUUCCAGGGCAAAGAGAGUGCCUAUAUGCUGUUUUACCGGAAGGCGGGGCUUCUGCGGCCUCAGGAAGCCAAGCAGAACCGUGGGUACACGGUGCCCCCCCACCUGCUCCAGAUGGCCCAGGAGGAGAACGUCACGCUGCAGCAGCGGCGGUGGGGGGAGUACGACGCCUCCGCCAAUACCGUCCAGGUGCGGCUACACCUGGCGCCACAAUACCGUUUGGAGAACGGGGCCCUGCAGCCCAAAGCAGCGGCCGAGGACACGGUCACCCUCAGCUUCGACCGCCGCCGGACCGUGGGCGACUUCCGGCUGGCUGUCUACCAGAUGCAGGACCUCUGGGAGGGGGACAUGGCCCUGACUGUGGCCCGGAAGCUUCCAGCCGGCCUGCACCUCUACAACACCCUCACAGAUGACGCUCAGUCUCUGUACGCUGUGGGCGUGUCCGAUGGCUCCGACCUCUUCGUCUGGAACGGCAGGGAGGUGAGCGGCGCGCCCCUGCGGAUGGGCUGCGAGUGGGAGCCCGUGCUGCUCACUCUGCUGCGCGCCUGCGACGAGGCAGCCGGAGACGGGGGGGUCGCCGGCAGCUCGGCGCUGAUGCCAGAGCCGCGGGGCUUUCCCGGCGGGGCCACGCUGGGGGCACUUCGCCAAGCCGUGGGGCCCGAGGACACCCUGCUGUGCAGGGAGGAGAGCCGGCCAGGCUGCGAGGGCGGGGGAGGGAGUGGCUGGAGAGUGUUCCCCCCCGCCGACAUGCAGCGGACGCUGAAGGAGCUGGCGCUGAAGGAUGGGGACUCGCUGCUGGUGCUGGAGCCACAGGUGUUUGACACGAGCCUCUUCAGCCUCACUGGUGACACUGUAACCGUGACGACCCCCUCGGACUGCCGCUGGCUGCAGGUGGAGUCCCAUCUUUGUGCGGCGAGGGGGGCGCAGGGCGAGGGCGGCGAGGAUGAGGGGGCGAGGAAGCAGGCGAAGAUCUCAGCCUCUGGAAGCACGCUCCUGUCAGAAGUCAAGCUGAGUGCCAUCGAGGAGCUGAAGCUGCAGGAUCAGUUUAAAGGAGUGCCGUGCUGCCUACGACAGGCAGACCGAACUGGGAAACUGCUGCCCCCAGUGCGGGAGGACAUGACCGUGCGUGAGGCCGGCAUCAAGCUCAUGACCUCGCUGGUCCUCUGCCCCGGAGCCGCGCCGGGACCCCACCAGCUGUUCCUUUAUUUCACCGUCAGUCCUCCCGUCGGCACCGAGGCUGAGAUGGAGAUUAUUGUGGAAGAAACGAUCACCGUGAAGGAGUGCCUGAGGCUGAUGUUGAACGCUGCUGGUCUGGAAGGCGAAUGCUGGCACCUGAGGAAGAUGGACUGGUGCGAGGAGCUGGGGGAUGCGCUCACGGACGAGGACUCCUCUCUCGGCGAACUCAGCGUCGCUGGCGGCGACACCCUAGUGGUGACAGAGGGCCGGUUGCCGCCCAAGGGGUUUCUGAAGAUGCCAGUAUGGUUACUGAUGGAGCAGGGCGACCAGGGCAACCACAUAGGCAACGAUCUGGACAACCACCAGGGGGAGCCCUCCACCACCGGUGAAGGUGGUUGUGGAGCUGCCAUGCAGUUUGUGGGCCACGUAGAAAUUUCGGUGGAAGCAGCUCUGGACGACUUGAAGAUCCAGGUGCUGACCCUCCCCCCCCUGCACGACCUGUGCGUGCCCAGCCCCGCCUUCCUGCGCGUCUGGCUGCUGGAAAGCCGGAGACCCGGCAGGAUCCUCAGGGGGAACCUGCAGCCCCUACAGAAGUUGAAACUGGCCAGCGGGACGGAGCUCUGUGUACAGCGUCUGCAGAAGGAGGAGAAUCUUGGGCCAAAGGAGCUGCUGCUGAACGUGCAGAUCGGAAUCCCCGGAGAACGGAGCUACUACCCGUCCCAGGAGGUGGUGUGGGACACCGGGCGGGACGGCUCUGCCCGCGGCCUUCGCCAGGCCAUUGCCGCCCACUGCAGCCUGUGCCCAGACAGCCUGAUCAUAGCCAAAUAUUGUCCUGAGAAGUAUUCCUGGAUGGUCAUCUCCAGCUGGACCCAGCAGGUGUCAAAGCGCAAGAAGAAGAAAAAGACGGAGAGCCUGCUGGGGGCGCCGUUUCACCUGAGGGACGGCGACGUUAUCGGCGGCAAGAACCUGCUGAUUGACAGCAACCGGGAGUUCAGCACCCCUGAGGACGAGCUGGGCCAGCAGAGACUGCAAGAGGAGGCUGGGACUUGGGCCAAAGGGGGGCAAAGUGGGAUCGUCGGGCCCCACCUAGAGGUGGCCCUGGAGUGUAAGGGGUCAAGGAAGAGCAGGAAACCAGAAGUGGCCUUGUCCAUCAACGUGGGGAUGUUCAGAUAGCACAGGACACGCGUGUAUGUGCAGACACACUUUAUGUAGUAUGCCAAGCAUAAAUGCCUACUCAUGUACUGUCAGCAGACCGGCUCAUUGUCUCAGGUCAAGUCACCAGGAAACAGGUGCCCAGUGUUUCAUGUGGUCUGGAGCAAGGGGGGGGGCAGCAAUUUUGUCUUUUUAUUUAAAAUUGAUGUAAAGCACAGGUGAAAUGAGGGAUAUGAAAACAGCUGUUUGUACCUUUACCUUUGAGCUGGCUAUGGCCCUCCCUCACUAAAACCAUAUGUCUCCUUUUCAUUUUGUAACUAUGCAAACAGCCCCUCCCUCCGAUUCCCUCCCAAAUCUGUGGAGGUAGGACACUAACGCUGACCAUAACUGCUGCUGUUUGGGUGGCAGUGGGGCGUUUUGGACGCCGCUGCUCUGUCGGUGGUCUGCUGUCAGUGGUCUGCUGUCGGUGGUCUGCUGUCGGUGGUCUGCUGUCGGUGGUCUGCUGUCGGUGGUCUAUCUUUCUCCACAUGCCCUCGCUGGAACUGGCAGCGGGUUCUGCUGAAGUCCUCGGCCUUCUAUUAGGAACAGAAACCUCUAGAAGCACUUCUCCCGCUGCCCUUUUCUCCUGCAACUAAGUUGCAAACUUUUAUUGGGUAAAGAGAAGUAAAUAGAAUGGUUAAUAAUGUGCAGUUUCAAAUGUAAUGAGCUGAUCCAGAUAUACUUCUGGGGAAGUUCGGGUAUCACUGUAUGGAUCAAACAAAGACGCUGCAGAUACGGCUUGGAAGCUGACGGCAACUGCUCACCGGAAGAAAAUCACUUCAGGAUAAUUGUUAAUCUGACUGUUUGGUUGUUAAUCCUAAAACUGAUUUAUACUGCUUGUGACUAAGUAAUCAUAUAAUUUGAUUUUUGUUUAUGCUUAAUAUAUUUUUGUUGAUGGCUUAAAAUUAAUGUACGCCAUGAAAUUGUCAGGGCGAUGUUUUGAAACUGAAUCGCCUCAUUACACAACACGAGAGAAGAAUAUAGAUUCUGCCUUAAGCACAGAGGCCUGCAUUUAGCUGCUUAGACUUCAGAGUCUCACUUCCUCCAUCUGUUUCCAUAGAAUCUGAUCUUUCUUCAAGGACAUUCAGAAAGAGGAAGGGGGACCGUUGUAAAGCCACGUGCAUGGACAAAAAAAAAAUCCAAUUACCCGCUGCAUUCUAAGUGGGCUUUAACCCCUUUGACAUUUCUUUAUAAAUCUGGGAAAACAUAAGGUUGUCAAAGACUCUGUCGACAAAUUCUUGCUGCCGCACUCCUCCCCAUUGUGUCUCUUUCCAGUGACUUGUUUUUUUAAUGAAUCUUUUCAUAAAUAUGAUGUAAAUCAUG